AGUGGAUGUGAGAAAAAUAGCAGCAACUGUGUGUGUGUUUUAGACAUGGCGGAGGAAUCUCUUGACUCCAAGGUGGUUUUGGAACGCAUGGAGUCCCUGCUGGGAAAGGAUGGAGAGCUCCGCAGUCUGGAGGAAGUUCCCCAGAUGUUCAGCUUGAUGAAAGCUUCUACCACGAUGGCCAGCAUGAGUGUCUGCCUCAACGUGCUGCUGCAGACACAAUCUAACGAUAUUCUCCAAAGGUUCAUCAAAGUGGGAGGCUUCCAGCUGCUCUCCUCCUGGCUCACCCACUCUGAAAGCACCAACAACACCCCGCUGCUGCAGCUCAUCCUGCUCACGCUGCAGAAGCUGCCUCUCAAAGUGAAGCACCUCACACAGAACAACGCAGCCAAGUUCGUGAAGCAGCUGAGUAAAAGUGGAGAAACUGAAGAUGUGAGGAAGCUGGCAGGUGCCCUGGUAGAUGGCUGGCUGGCUACCAUCAGCGCCCACUGCGCCUCCAAGCGGAGCAGCAGUAACUCGCCUGGUGAUAAAAAGAGGAAACAAGGGCUGGAGAUGGAGGAUACCAACCCUACCCCUCCUAAAAAGAAGACCCCUGCACCUCAGCUGGGGGAGAAAUCCAUCCUAAAGUGGCCGCAGCUGAAGAGGCCGAGCUCCGGCCCCUCAGACGAUGCACCUCCAGAGAAAAAGCACAAACCUCUAAAUACUCCCUGGAGCUCCAACGAAGGCAUCGAAGCCGAGAUAACUCCAGCCCAACCGGAGGAGCCCAACACGCCCACAAACAACGGCAAGAAGAAAAAAAAGGUCCAAUGGGCUGAGGAGGAGCAGCUCACACAAUUCUUCUAUUUUGAAUUGGAUAGAACAGAGAGAGUCAACAUGUAUAAGAUCAAACGCUUAAAAAAGUUGGCAAAGAUGGAGCGGAAGAUGUCCGACCUCAUGAACCUAAACAACACGUGCAGCCCUCAGCCUUCCAGUGCGGUUCAAAACCCCGAAGCGCCAGUAGUGAAGGUCCAAGAGUUCCUGACAUGCCUCUUGAGAGCGUUCGGCAGCAAGUCCACCGAGGAAUUGAUAGAGCUGCUUUAUCACAUCUGUGGUAGGAUGUCGGAGUAUGAUCUUUUCUCCGAUAAGCUCAAACAUCUGCUGGGCUUUCUGCAGCAGAACUCUUCUAUGGAGGAUGACAGCCCUCAGGCUUCCAGCACGGUCCAAAACCCAGCAGAGCCGGGGGUGAACCUCCACGAGUUCCUGACGUCCCUCAAGGGAUCGGUUGGCAGCGAGUCCACCGAGGAGUUGAUGAAGCUGUUUUAUGCCAUCUCCGAUAAGAUGGCGGAGUAUGAUCUUAUCUCCGAUAAGCUAAAACAGCUGCUGGACUCUCUGUAGCAGUACCAGAUCCAAAGGACGAGCUGACCCCACCCAGUCAAACAGGGGCUUCUGGGCCACGGUCCGGCCAUCAGUAACAACAUGGAGAUGCCCAUGCACGGCGGCUACCCACUCUUCAACCACACCUCACAACCAUGGACCGCCUUUCAGCAAUGCCAGAGGCCCCCACAUGAUGGGGCCCCUGAUCAGGACA